UGGGGCUUUUCUUUUCUUUUUUGAAGAGCGCAAGCGCGGGAAGAGGUGUCGUCGUCGUCUGCUUUUGGAGUGUGGCCGGCUGAGGUGAUGGAUUACUUCAGAGGGGCCCGGAUAAUAAACCCGGUGAAGAUUGGCGUGAAAGCAGAUCAUAGCAAGGCUGGUGGCCCAGCAAGUGGCACACGGGGUCCUUUGGGAGAAAUCAGCAACAGGCUAGCGACCAGAAGAGCCAAAGCAGUCAAGAAAACAGAGAAUUUCCAGGGAACGGCUGAAGGACCUACCAGAUCAACCCAUGGGACAACAAAAACCCAGCUUCCAGAACAGGACUUAACAGAGAGACAUCCAACAAAGGCGCAGCCUGCUUCGACCACUAUGGAUGUGCCUGGGGAAGAGGACCUGUGUCAAGCUUUCUCGGAGAUGCUGCUCAGAAGCGACAUAGAAGAUGAUGCUGAUGAUGAGGAAGAUCCCCAGCUGUGCAGUGACUAUGUAAAGGACAUCUAUCGCUACCUGAGAAAGCUUGAACAGCAGCAGUGCGUGUGUCCCUUCUACCUUGACGGAACAGAGCUCAGCGGGCGGAUGCGGGCCAUUCUGGUGGACUGGCUGGUCCAAGUCCAUGCACGGUUCCACCUCUUGCCGGAAACGCUCUACAUGUGUGUUGGCAUCAUGGAUCGCUACUUGCAAGCUCAGGCAGUCUCCCGCAAGGAGCUCCAGCUGGUGGGUGUCGCUGCCAUGUUUCUGGCUUCCAAAUAUGAAGAGAUCUAUGUGCCGAGAAUCCUGGACUUUGUCUAUAUCACAGACAGAGCGUAUACGUCGGCCCAGAUCAGGGUUAUGGAACGCAAGAUCCUGAAGGAAUUGGGCUUUGUUCUCGGCCGUCCACUUCCACUUCACUUCCUGAGAAGAGCUGUCAAAGUUUGUGAGGCAACAGCUGAGGUAUACAUGCUGGCAAAAUAUUUGAUGGAACUGACCCUUGUGGACUACGACAUGGUGUCCUACAACCCUUCGGAGAUAGCCGCUGCAGCUCUCUGCUUGUCUCAGAAGGUCUUUUCGGAAGGCCACUGGAGCCCAAAGCUGUGCUGCUGCACUAGCUACGAAGAAGACAGCCUGACCCUGGUCAUGAGUCACCUGGCCAAAAAUGUAGUGAGAGUGAACAAGAACCUAACACAAUACACUGCAGUCAAGACCAAGUACACCAGCAGGAGGCUCAUGAGGAUCAGUGCCAUCUCUCAGCUGAACUCCAGCACCAUCAGGGACCUUGCUGCGCCUCUGCUGGGAGAUUCAAGGCUGUUGACGUGAGCGAGGGAGGGGUCUUUGGGGAAGGCGGCCCUAAGGGGCCCUUUAAGGACUGACACAGAGUUUGCUCUUAACUUAAUAGUCUAUAUUAAUAAAGCUCUUGUAGAAAA